AUGACAUCAAUAGGAACGGGAUACGAUCUGUCAGUAUCGACAUAUUCGCCUGAUGGACGAUUGUUCCAGGUCGAGUAUGCUCAUAAGGCUGUUGAAGCUGCUGGAGUCGCUAUCGGACUUCGAUGCAAGGACGGCGUGAUCCUCGGUGUUGAGAGACUCUUACAUUCAAAACUAUUAGUGAAAGGUGCCAACAGGAGAAUAGCGUCAUUAGACGAGCAUAUCGGUUUGGCAAGUGCUGGUUUAUUGGCUGAUGGUAAACAUCUCGCUAGAAGAGGUAGAGAGGAAGCUAGCAGUUUUAGAGAAAAUUAUAACAGUCCUGUUACUGUACAGAUCCUCUCCGAUCGAAUCUCAGCAUAUCUUCAAGCAUAUACAUGUUACGGUUCCGUUCGACCUUUUGGACUCUCGUCAAUCGUAGGAGGUGUAGACAAGACUGGACCCAAGUUAUUCUGUAUCGAACCUUCAGGAGUAUAUUACGGCUAUAGAGCGGUGGCCGUUGGAAAAGGCAAAGCAUUAGCUAAGACUGAAUUAGAAAAAAUCGUUAACAAGAAUUUGGAAAGUGGUACUGAAGGUGGAUUGACAGUUAGAGAAGCUAUUGAUGAAGUAGCCAGAAUCAUAUACCUCGUUCACGACGAUAAUAAAGAUAAAGAUUUCGAGCUGGAAAUGACAUGGAUCUGUGAAGAGAGUGGAAAUAAACACGCUCUCGUACCUGAGGACUUGUUAAAAUCAGCUGAAGAGAAAGCUAAAGCAGCUUUGGAAGAAGGUAUGGAAGAGGAUUAA